GAGAUGAUAUCCAAGAUCGUGAAGAAAAAUAUCGUGAUGAUCCAUUGAAAGCAUUAUCACGGUUUUUUGAAAAAGAAGGUUUCGAUAUGGAAUUCACAUAUCAAGAAACAGGGACAGGACAAAGCCACAAGUGGAUAUGUUCCAUUGAAUUACCUGUCGAUACAGCAGCUGGUCAGUCAUUAUCUGCGUCAGCGACAUGCAGUGGAAGCAAAAAAGAAGCGCAGAUGCUAUGUGCCUUCAAUGCUUGCAAAAUUUUAGAUAUGCAUAAUCUUCUGUUCCGAUCGAAUGAAGCCAGGAGGAGGGCAAAAAAUCUAUCGGAUAAUGAUUAUUACGAUUCUGAUGAAGACACAUAUUUUGACCGGACAGGUCAAAUUGAAAAAAAUCGUGAAAAGCGACGGCAGCGUGCUUUAGAAGCAAAAGGUAAAGUGACAACGGAAAUAGAAACUUUCGAAACUUUGACGAAAAAGAUUGCUUCAACAAGUAAAGAAUUGUGUGAGGUAGAAGCUCAGCUAGCAGCGAUUUCCAAGGAAAAAAAAGAAAAGGAGGAUGAUGAAAAAGAUGAUGAUGAUCUCGAUAAAUUCUGCAAACAACUGGGCUAUUUUAGUAGCGAGAAAGAUAGUUUGGCUGUCAAAAUGGAAAAAUCCGUCUUGCGACAUCGUCUCGUAACUUUGAAACAUGAAAAAGAACGACUCGAAAAAUUGGCCAAAAUAGCAAGACCAGUAAAGCUGCCAGCACUAAAAGCACCAACAAUUCAGGAUGGUAAACGUGCUAUGGGUUCUUUGACAGCAGCGACAAUGAAGAAAUUAAUGAAAAUGCGACAGGCAAAAAGAUCACUUCCGGGAGAGAAAGAACGAAAUGAGCCAUUAGAAAUGGAAUUAUCAUCGGAUACAUUCAUUAAGGAGACCGCCGAUAAACAACCUUUUAUAGCGGAAAUUGAAGAUGAUGAAAAAUCAUGUAACAGCAAUAUCUCAUCUGACAUUCGUCAGCGAGAUUUUCCAGCGAAAGCUCAUGAUGCUGAUGGAGAGGAAUUCAAUAUUCCAACAGCAGUGGUAUCCAUUUCGGAGGAAUCAUCUGUUAUUGAAGAAAUCGAGAAAAAUGAAGCAGCGAUUGUUUCAUCAACCCUUGCACAAAAGGUGCCACAGCGUGUGCAAUGCAUUGUUUCGGGUGAAAAGCAAGCAUCUUUAGUUAAAGAUGACAGAUCUUUAAAACGCAAACGCAUCCGAACUCGUGAUGUAACAUCAUCGAAGCAGCAAAAGAACGAUGAUUAUGGUGAAGGAAUUGCUAACAGAGAUGAAGAUUACAUCAUGUGGAUGCCACCAGAAAAUCAAAAAGGUGAUGGUACAAAUGCACUUAAUGCAAAAUUUGCUGGGAAAUAUUAG